CCGAAAUCUCAGUGCGCCUGCGCCUUCAAGUUCAUUCGAGGAAGUGGGUAGGACGGGCAGAUUCUGAAGCGGACAGAGAAGAGUUUGUUGUUGACUUUAUUCCAGAGGAUAAACGCCUCGCCAUUCUUCCAAAAUGUCGGAGUUUGAUACCAACCCCUUCGCGGAACCCAGCAACAUUAACCCAUUCAAUGAUCCUUCAGUCACUCAGGUGACAAACUCCAGCAUUGAACCGGUUGACCAGUAUAACCCCUUCCCCCCAUCCAGUGACUUUGCCGGAGCUCAGACGACCCCGGCCUCCACCGCCCCCUACCAGCCGGCCGUGUUGCAGCCGUCCACAGAACCCAGUCCACAGGCGUCUGCCGCCGCAGCUCAGGCCAACCUGCUGAGGCAGCAGGAAGAGCUGGAGAGGAAAGCAGCCGAACUGGACCGCAGGGAGCAGGAGCUGCAGAACCGGGCCCCCACAGGUAAAGAGAACAACUGGCCUCCACUUCCCAAGUUCUUCCCCAUCCAACCUUGUUUCUAUCAGGACUUCUCAGAGGAAAUCCCUGCCGAGUACCAGAGAGUCUGCAAAAUGAUGUACUACCUGUGGAUGUUUUACUCUGUGACUCUGUUCCUCAACCUGCUGGCGUGUCUGGCCUACUUCAUCGAUGACACAAAACAUGGAGUCGACUUCGGCCUCUCCAUCCUCUGGCUCGUUCUCUUCACGCCCUGCUCCUUCCUCUGCUGGUACCGGCCAGUCUACAAGGCCUUCAGGAGCGACAGCUCCUUCAACUUCUUCUUCUUCUUCUUUGUGUUUUUCUGCCAUGUGGCCGUCGUCAUCAUCCAGGCUGUGGGCAUCCCCUUCUGGGGAAACAGCGGUUGGAUUUCUGCCUUCUCUGAGAUCGGCAACGGCAAAAAAGCGGUGGGAGGCAUCAUGAUCAUCGUGGCCUGCCUCUUCACGAUCGGGGCCGUGAUGUCUGUCGUCCUGCUGAAGAUGGUCCACAGUAUGUACCGCCGCACCGGGGCCAGUUUCCAGAAGGCCCAGCAGGAGUUCUCCCAGGGCGUGGUCACCAGCAAGGGCUUCCAGACGGCAGCCACCGGAGCAGCGUCCGCUGCCGCCCGCGGAACCUUCCAGGGAAACAACUAAAAGGCCGACUGAGCUCAAAUCAACGCUCACCGUAGUUUCUGGUUUCUGCGUCUGCAGCCAAGUGACGACAUCCAGCUGUGUGUGUGUGUGUGUGUGUGAGAAGAGCAGCUGAGGGGAAAGUCAGUCAUCAAAUAAAAACUAGAGAGGAAGACACAAAUGAAGAUUAACGAUGUCCAUUUCAGCAUGCCUCUGCUUUGUAUAUGUUUUCUGACAAUGCUCUUAUGUUUGUGUGUGUGUGUGUGUGUGUGUGAGAGAGACAGGCCGGUUCCAUGUGGGAGCAGGGUGUUUGUCCACUAAAGGUGGAUCCUGAAUAUAACAGAGAUGAAGUGUUUUGUUUUGUCAUUGAUCUAACUUGUUUUGUCUCAGAAUCUGCAGAAUUAUGGAAAAUAAGCCGUGUUUUGUUGUAUUUGCUUCAACAUGGACAUUACUGUAAAUAUAGAUUUUGAAUCGGUCAGCAAA